AUGGUGGAUCAUAAAACCAUUGUCGCUGUAUGCAUGGACGGAAGUAAGCACUCGGACUACGCUUUUGAAUAUUACAUGGAGAAAAUCCAUCGCCCCGACAACGAAGUCCAUAUUAUCCAUUGCGGUAAUUACAAGGCCAUGGAGAGUUUAUCUAUGUCUAUGGCUCCAGCCGACCCAGGAUUAUUACAGUCUGUUAUUGAUGACGAGGAGAAUAAAAUUCGUGAAAUAAUGGAGCAUAUCAAACAGAAACUUCUUGAUUAUCACCAGCACGCCUCCAUCUCUAGAAUCCAUGGAAAUGCAGCUCAUGUCCUGCUACAUAAAUGUAAUGAUAUUGGUGCUAAAAUGAUUGUCAUUGGGUCACGUGGUCAAGGGAAGCUUCGAAGGACUUUCCUUGGCAGCGUAAGUGACUACAUUGUUCACCACGCUCACGUGCCGGUCAUUGUGUGUAAACACGAAAGCCAUUUUCAUCCUCAUCACGGACACACAAACCACUAA